GCCUCCGUGAUACAGAGAAGAGCAGUCUCAGUUGAAUGACUAGUCUUGAAACCUGACUGAUUUGGAUCAAGAAGGUCAUUCUGAGAGAGAUAGCGGGAGAAAUACAUGUGCAAACAUUUUUAAAAGAUGUUUUCAAUUUGUUAUGAUGGGGUAUUGUGUGUAGAUGGGUGAGACAAAUAAUCCAUUUAAUCCAUUUUUCAUUCAGACUGUAACAAAACAAAAUGUGGAAUAAGUCGAGGGGUGUGAAUAUUUCCUGAAAGCACUGUACUUAUCAAGCAUGUUUCCACAGUGUCUGACUCGCUGGUUCUCUGUGUUGUUAACCAUCUAGGUACAGGUAUCUAUCCAAAUGCAAUAAUCUGGGUCCUGCUGGAGAGGAGGACUAUGCUGAGAGAACACAGAAACAUGCGAGGAGAAUCUUCACUGGAUUUGUGAGAAAGUGGUUGAACAUCACCAUGACAACAUACUGUGACACAUACAGCAGCCUAGUGCACACAACCUCCUCCUCCUGUCUCUCUCUCGCUCCAAUUUCAUCAUUUAACAGAGCGACUUACAGUAAUGAGCAGUGGCGUAAAGUACUUAAGAAAAAAUACUUUAGAGUAAUUUUUUUGGGGGGGGUAUCUGUCCUUUACUAUUUAUAUUUUUGACAACUUUUACUUCACUUCAAUGCUUUUUACUAUAUACAUUUUCCCUGACAACUUGCACAUUCAUCUUCUGCACAUCUAUCACUCCAGUGUUAAUGCUAAAUUGUAAAUAUUUCGCCACUCUGGACUCUUUAUUGCCUUUACCUCCCUAAUCUUACUACAUUUACACAUACUGUAUGUAUUUCUAUUGUGUUAUUGACUGUACGUUUGUUUAUCCCACAUGCAACUCUGUGUUGUUUGUGUCGGACUGCUUUGCUUUAUCUUGGCCAGGUUGCAGUUGUAAAUGAGAACUUGCCCUCAACUCCCCUACCUGGUUAAAUAAAGGUGGAGAAAAAACUAAAGUACUCAUUACAUUUUGAAUACUUGGCAAAACAGGAAAAAUUGUGAAACACGUGGUCAUCCUAACUGCAUAUAUUCUGGCAGAUUUCCAGUACAUUAGACACAACAUGUGGCCAGCAGCAUACCACCCUGCUCGGGUGGUACCACUGCUGGUUUGCUUCUGAAGCUAAGCAGGGUUGGUCCUGGUCAGUACCUGGAUGGGAGACCAGAUGCUGCUGGAAGUGGUGUUGGAGGGCCAGUAGGAGGCACUCUUUCCUCUGGUCUAAAAAAAGAAAUGCCCCAGGGCGGCCCUGUGUAGGGUGCCGUCUUUCGGAUGGGACUUUAAACGGGUGUCCUGACUCUCUGAUGUCAUUAAAGAUCCCAUGGCACUUAUCGUAAGAGUAGGGGUGUUAAUCCCGGUGUCCUGGCUAAAUUCCCAAUCUGGCCCUCGAACCGUCACCCAGUUAACAAUUGGCUCAUUCAUCCCCCUCCUCUCCCCUGUAACUAUUCCCCAGGUCGUUGCUGUAAAUGAGAAAGUGUUCUCAGUCAACUUACCUGGUAAAGUAACGCAUAAAAAAAGGACAUUAGACAACAUGAGGUCAGUACAUUACACACAACAUGAACAGGAGAAGAAAAUGUCCUUACCUUAACCACAAUGUUACUAUUUCAUCACCUUCCUCUUUUGACAUUUCCCUUUUAUUCUGUGGAUGAAGUCAUAAACAGUUAGUCAAAGACUCAGAGCAGAGACAGGUACAGUAAAGAAACAGACACAGGGGCAACUAUAUUACCAGAAUCUGUAUAUAGACAGAAAACACAGUAAGUUGUUGGAGAGGUCAUCUAUGCUUAGCCAGAUAUGAACAAGGUCACGUUUGACAGAGGUGAGAUGGAGGAGAGGAUUGUGGAUAUCUACGUCAGUGCAGACACCCUGAGAGACGGUGAGACCAGCACCAAGAGAGAAGAGACAGAGGACACUGCUCCUAAUAAUGGACCAGGAGACCAGCACUCAGAGCCUGAUAGCUCAGGGAAGAGACCCUUCCUAGUUGCUGCAGUGUUUCUGGGGCUGCUGUGUGUUCUACUGGCUGGGAUCAUAGGCCUGUCUGUCUACUAUAACAGAGUCAUCAAAGAUUCUGAGGAUAAAAGGAACAUCUUGUCACAGAGUUGUUCCCUUUAUAAGACUAACACAACUGCAGAGAGAGACCAGCUACAGACCAAAUACAACAACCUGACUGAAGAGAGAGACCAGUUACAGACCAGAUACAACAACCUGACUGAUGAGAGAGACCAGCUACAGACCAGAUACAACAACCUGACUGAAGAGAGAGACAGGCUUCAGAAUUUGCUUUGUGAAAGAACAUGUUGUUCAUACGGAUGGAAGAAGUUUGAAUGCAGUUGUUACUUCAUCUCUACUGAGAAGAAAACCUGGGAGAAGAGCAGACAGGACUGUCUGGAGAGAGGAACAUACCUGGUGAUCAUAAACAGCAAAGAGGAACAGGAGUUUCUCUUCAACUUCAAGAAGAGAGUCUGGAUUGGUCUGACUGACAGAGAGACAGAGGAGACCUGGAAAUGGGUGGAUGGAACACCACUGACCACAGAGUACUGGUAUGUCCCACAGCCUGAUAAUGCAGGUUCUACUGGGGAGGAGGACUGUGCUGAGAUACGUGAAGAUCAGAGUCCUCUAAAGGCAUGGAAUGACUUGUCAUGUGACAGCGAACUGAACUGGAUUUGUGAGAAAGUGGUUUAACUUCACCAUACUGUAACACAUUCAUUCUCUCUCUCACUCACUCUCAUUCUCACUCUUUCUCUCUCUCUCUCUCUCUCACUCUUUCUCUCUCUCACUCUUUAUUUCUCUCUCUCACACACUCACUUCCAUUCUCUAGUGCAUAUCUUCCUGGUAUGAUCGUGUCCUGUCCAUCGUCACAAAUAGCAAGUGCCAGGCUGCACACACUGGACAGCUCUCAUAGAGAGAUAGUGGUAGACUAUGGAGAUAUGUGUCCACUGUUUAUAUCAAUGAAGAUGUUAGAGGAAUACAGUGUGUUUUAGAGGACCAGUUUCACAAUAGAGCCCAUCUAUUUUAAUGAAUUUACUAUAAAUGUGAACUACUUUUACUUAUGCUUCACUAUAAUCUUAAAGAAAAUAGUGUACUUUUAUACCAUAUAUUUUCCAUGACACCCAGAAGUGCUCAUUACAUUUUGAAUGCUUAGCAGGACAGGAACAUUGUCAAAUUCACACACUUAUCAACAGAACAUCCCUGGUCAUCCAUACUGCCUCUGAUCUGGUGGACUCACUAAACUCACAUGCUUCGUUUGUAAAUUAUGUCUGAGUGUUGGAGUCAGCCCCUGGCUAUCCUUGAAUAAAAAUAAAACAAUUCAAAUCGUG